UGUAUCUGGUUAUACCUGGAUUGCUACUGAUCUAAAAGAUCGUGGAAACAUUGUAAUCUCACCACACGCAGCAAAUCUUGGACUUGCUCUGAUAUUUUUAGGCAGUACGAGUAAUACCAAUACUUCAAGUGAACUUAGGCAGUGUUUACAUUAUGAGAAUAUGUCGUACGUGGACGUACAUCGUUCGUACAAGGAUGUAAUCAACAUUUUAACAGAACCGUAUUAUUCAUCUCACAGCUAUGUGAGCAAUACAACAGUUUUUCUACAGAAAGGAGUGGGCAUUAAGAAAGCCUAUUUGAGAGCAGUGCGAGAGUUCUAUAAAUCUGAAGUUCAAGAGGUAGAUUUCGGAGCCUCUGGCUCUGGCCACGCAAAGGAGGUUGUCAACAGCUGGGUGUCUGAUGUUUCUGGUGGAGCCUAUUCUGAAUUUUUGAGCUCCGAUCCGGGGGGUGAUACAAGACUUUUACUUGCAUCAUAUACACGGAUGAUUCCACAAUGGUUGUAUCCCUUCGAUCCACUGAAGACAAGCUACAAUGGUCUUUUCUUUCUAGCAGGGGGAGAGAGACUUCAAGUUGCAAUGAUGAGCGGUCAGCUUGAAAUACCUGUUGGAUACUCUGAGAAGCUUGCGGCCAGGUUACUGGAGCUUCCUUUGCUUAACAGGCGAAUGUCUAUGUUUCUGAUCUUGCCUGAUCAAGUGGACCCAGGAGUGGCAAGCCUGGAACUUAAUAUUAAUACUACACUGGUCAAGGAACUAAUGGGGACUCUGAAGACUGAGGUUGUGAAUGUGAGAUUACCAAGGUUUAGAAUAGAGGAAACAUCAGACCUUGUAGACACAAUCAGUCAGCUGGGAGUCGUUCAGGCCUUAAACCCAGCUUUAGCGGAUCUAGAAAAUAUGGUAGAUUUCAACAUCCUUCAUCUUUCAUCCUUCAGUCAUAGAGCCGAAAUUGAGAUUGAAGAGUGGGGCGUGCAUGGCAAAGGAGAAACAAGUAAAGUUGGAAUCCUUAGACAAAGAUUUUUCGAGGUCGACCAUCCGUUCUUAUACUUCAUCUGGGACUACUUUACCGGCACAAUUCUACUCAUUGGCAGGGUAGAGCGACCUAUAGUCUUAUAGUUUCCUGCCAGACAAAAACAUUAUUUAGACCUUAAAAUUAAAUAUAUCUAUG